CGCGGUCUCUGACGCAGGGCGAUGGAUUUAUGUGGUUGAACAGUACCACGAUUUCCGCAUGGUGGACGGCGUCUCCGUCGUCAAGCAAGCUCAUGAUCUUACAUCUAUUGUGAGUGAGUUGGCUCAGUUUGAUGUGAACGUCAAUGCCAAGUUUGUGGUGGGGGGCAUCAUUGCCAAACUCCCUCCUUCAUGGAGAGAUUUUGCCACCACGCUUAAGCACAAGAGGGAGGCAAUGAGGGUUGAUGACCUGAUUGCUCACCUUGAUGUGGAAGAGAAGGCACGUGCUAAAGACACACCUUCCAUGGCAAAUGACGGCACCUCAAACGCCAACUUUGUGCAGAAAUCUGGUGCUAAGUACAAGGGGAAACAACAGAAUCCAAAGGCCAAGAAUACAACCAACUUUAAGAAGAAGAAGGAAGGCAUAAUCUGCUAUGUGUGUGGUGAGCCUGGCCACAAGGCCAAUAAAUGCCACAAUAGGAAGGGCAAGAAGGGUGGGCAGCAGAACGGACAGAACACUGUCAACGUGGUUGUUAGCGAGCCUAGUACUGCGGGGCUACAAGCGGUUCCCCCAUCUUGAUGGGAAAUGGCUCAGGUGCUGCUGUUCUGGGAGUAGGGAAGGUUGACCUGAAGUUUACAUCAGGAAAAAUCAUUACCUUAAAGAAUGUGCAGUACGUGCCCUCAAUAAAUAGGAACCUGAUUAGUGGCUCUCUUUUAUGCCGAGAUGGCUUCAAAUUAGUUUUUGAGUCGAAUAAAGUUGUUAUUUCCAAAUUUGGUUUAUUUAUAGGGAAAGGCUAUGAGUGUGGAGGCUUGUUCCGCACAUCUUUGUUGGAUGCUGAGAAUAAAUUUGUUCACAACACUAUUAGUGUUCUUAAUUCAAAUAAAGAUGCAUCCAUUUGGCAUUC